UUCUUAUGUCAUUUUGAUGUCAUGUCUGCUGUCACGAAAAUUAGCAAAUCAUUUUGUUGUUUUUUUCACUUCUAGUGAAUAAACGAGAUUUUAAGUCCACAUAUCCGAAUUCUGAAUGUUUGCUUGUUAGUUAGCAUUAUUAAUUUGACAUACAUUAAAAGUGCUUAAUAAUGGAGCUUUCAGCCGAAGGAACAACUCCUGAAUAUAUGGCAUUAGCUGGCAUAAAGUUCAAGUUAUCGCUCCCGCAGUUUAAAGACAAUCCGCAGCUCAAAGAACAGUUAUUCCAAGGAAUAAAGACUGGUAAUAUGGCUCCGUAUUACAAAGAAGUUUGUACUGAUCUUGGCUGGAACUUUGACCAGAAGCUUUAUGACAAUAUGGCUAAAGAAAAUCAAGAUCGACUGUCAAAGUUCGAAGAAGAUGAUUCGGAAACUCCAGUCUGGCAGGAUCGACUAGACUACUUAUGCUCGAUUGGUGACAAAGAGGUUGCUACCAGUCUGGCCACAACCAAGUAUGAAGAUUCAACUCUAACUACAAAUAGACGGCUGGAUGCAGUUUUUGCCUUGUUUAGGAUUGCAUACUUCCAUGGUUGCAAUGUGAAAGAAAUGGCAAAAACAAUCAAUAAGGCCCAUGAAUUAGUUGACAAAGGUGGUGAUUGGAGGUCCAGGAAUAAGCUGAAGGCUUAUGAAGCAAUAUAUUGCCUUGCAGUGAGAGAUUAUAACCGUGCUGCAGAGCUGUUCAUUGAUUGUGUUUCAACCUUUGAAUCUUAUGAACUUGUUGAUUUUGGUACAAUAAUCCAGUAUUGUGUAUUGGCGUGCGCGCUGGCUCUGGAGCGGCACGCUCUGCAAGCAGCUCUUCGCAGACAGGGCGCCGCCGUGCAGGCGCUGCGCUCGCGCUUCCCGGAGCUUCGUGAGCUGGUCGAGUCACUCCAUGAGUGCCGAUAUGCUGACUUUAUGAAGAGUCUUGCUUGGGUGGAAACUCAAAUCUGUGUGGAUCCAGUUUUCAGACCGCAUUACCAACAUUAUGUGCGUGAGGCACGCAUCAAAGCUUAUGUGCAAUUGCUCCGCGCGUAUCGCUCACUCAGCCUCGACAACAUCGCCGACACAUUCGGCGUUACGCGAGAAUUCAUCGAGGAAGAAAUUUCCACGUUCACGGCGGCGGGGCGGCUGCAGUGCCGUAUCGACGCGGUGGCGGGCUGCGUGGUGACGGGCGCGGGGCGCGGCGCCGACGCCGACCGCUCGCAGCUGUACCAGGCCACCAUACGCGAGGGAGACUUGCUGCUCAACCGCGUCAAGAAGCUCGCCAGCGUCAUUAACUUCUGAGCUUUCAUGACCUACUGGUAUCCAGUUUUUAAUUGUAUGUAAUAAAUAAGUUAAUCAAUUUGAGUGGAAAUAAAUUGAAAUUCAUCUCGUA